UCGAUGUACAUUUCGUCAUUGGGUGGCAAGAAGACAUCUGUCAACAUCAGGAAGGUCGAAGAGAAGGGAGUUUCGGCGCUCGUGAGGAUAUUCAGGAACUAUCAUGGGUGUUACAAGAGAAAACAGAGAUCUGUUCAUCUAUGAAUUCGUUGAAGAUGACCUCGUGUUACUGGAACAACAAGAUGAGGAUAAUGCAUCUGUAGAUGAACCAAGGCUGGGCAGGAGGAAUGCCAACCGAAACCGCACAAGAGGCAAAUCAGGACAGAUUCUCGAUAAUCAGGGAUUGAACAGGAGGAAGACGGGGGCCAAACAGGCCAGAAGAACAGAAAAUUUUCGUCAGUUGCUGACUCUGGCCGAGAAGGAUGAAUUAGGGGAGCUGCAGCUAGACAACAUGUUUGAGCCCAGCACCUCUGCCUUUGAAAAACUCUUCUCGGAGAGAGAGAAGAUGAAGAUCUGGAACGACUUUGUGAACCGCAGUGAGGAAGAACAGGAGACUAUCCUGCAUCCCGUGGGGAGCCAGACAGGGAUAACUGCAUCGGCCGUUGAGAAGCUGGACGACUCGUGGGAGGAGAUUCCAGAUAAGAGGGCUGCUCACCCAGCCUUCACAGCAGAGGAGUGUUACAGGAAGGUGGACAGGAAGCUGAAGGACUUACUCAAGAGGAGACAACUGCCUAUGGGAAUGCUUGAGAAUCUGGAGGAAGAAAUUGUCUCAUUUUUCAAAGAGUGGCCAAGCUCUGUGUUUGUGGCCAGGCUAGCCUCCAGUUACGAAAGAAUGCUGAUCCAUGCUCUAUGUCAGUUUCUUGACUUGCGAUCUCAAAGUUAUGAUGAAAAUGGUGAAAGAAGAACACAGGUUGAAAACAAGCACAACACAUUCCUUCCUCCAUCCCCACUACUCAGUCAGUACUUACAGAAGCAUCACACAGCUUAAACCUGCAGACAUACACUGCACCAGGGCCACGCUAGCAAAUCUCAAGCCCAGAACAAGGAUAGGUGCUUCUGGUUCAGCAUGGUCUGCAACUUGACAUGGUUUAUAUCUUUUUGUUGCCGUUUUACCUCUGUUGUUAAUACCUUAUUUACCUUAUAGGUUGGUAUUGGUUUGUUUGAAGUAGGGGUGGUUUGGGUACUUUUUGAACGUGGUUUUUUUUUUCAAUCGGUAAAAUGUUUAUGUUGGGGUGUAGGUUGCGCAUUUUCAGCAGAUAUCUGUACAAAAGAUCAUUUCACCACCUUGACAUUCAUAACUUCCCUUGUUAAGGGUGAACUGUUGUCGCCUAGUGGUUCAAGCAGUUGCCAGUCUUGUCUAAGACUGGAUCAGUUUUCCACUUUGGUGUGAUGUGUGCAACCUCAUGGUGUCCCCUGGCCAUGAUAAGGAUGACAUUUUGAUAAAACUAGACUCUCUCCCUUCGCUGAACAAAAAUAUCUUGCACCAAAUAUUUCCUUACUUGGAUCACAAUCUGCCUAAUGCAAAUUUGGCAACAGUUAGAAAGAAAACAGAAGUGUUUGUCUAAGCUGACUGUGUCAACGGUCCUUGAUACAGCCACACAUUGCUCUGUAUAAUCAUGUCUGUUUUUGCUCUCUUGAGUCCUUGUUCAGAAAUUAACAAUUAAUUUGUCAACUUUGAGCAACUGUCGUUAACCGCUAGUCCGACCCAAUGGUUCAUCCAAGUGAUACGAAGGGUUAUCCUGGAUAUGUUUAAGAAACAAACAUCAGCGUAAUAAUUUAUAACCAACCAAACGUACACUUCUAUGCAUCUGACUAGGAUAUUCUGAGUGUUGGACGUGAAUGUGUGUGAUUGGUUGUAUGGAGACGUGUCAUACAAAUGGUUUCCCAUAUUACCAUGCAACUCGAGCAUGUUCAAGAUUUAAAGUUCAUAAAAGUAAGUACACAAUUUGAGUACACCAGGUGCUGUCCCCUAGAUACGUAACAGUAUGAAAUACCGUAUUCGACGUAAUAAGCGCCCAGGGCACUCGCAAAGUGAGAAAUAGGGGGCUCUUAUUCGAAUAUUAUUUUGGUGGAAAAAACAGAGUUGAAAGAUAAAUUUUGUGGUUUAUGUUAACGGCCUGACUGUUUAUAUACGACAGAUAUAUUUUUCCAGAAUUUAAUUGCCCAUAAUUAAGGGUGCAUAUAACACAUGAGUGCGUAUAAUACACGAAUAAAUAAGUCUUGUGUACAUUGAUCAGUCGGAAGCGGUGCUAAUUGGGAUUGUUCACUUGCCAAUAUAUUAGCAAAUAUCGCCGUGGGCGCUUAUUAGAGCGGGGUGCUUAUUACGUUGAAUACGGUAGCCUUGUAUCACUCUCAAAUAUUGAGUAGUAUAUUUCCUGAACUGUUUUAGCCAGGCUUACAAACCAAAUUGUUAAACCAAAUAAGCCAGUGUCUUAGAACAAGUUAGCUGUAUACUGAAGAUAACCUUCUUUCCUUAUUUAUCUAUGACCUAUGGAGGAUAGUGCUUAUUCAUUGUUGAUUAUAGGAACAAAUGUCUUGACUGUAGCUGUCAUCAGGCUCUUUCUUUAAUAUAUUUUCUGUUAAUGUUAUCGUCUGUUUAUGGUUAUUUUGUACAUACUUGUUUCAUUUGUCUGUAUAUAUAUUGUUUUGAUGUACUGUGGAAAGUCAAUCAAAAUCUUAAAUGAUUUAUAAGCAUUGUGUAAAAUCAACAACCCAACCUAUUUAAGAACAUGAAUUUAACGUGAAGAUUAUUGUUUGUUACCUUAACCAGCUGAUGAGUCAUCACUGUCGAUUGAUGACAGUAAUGAACGAGUGGUAGUUGAGAAGACUACAUAUCUCUGUGGUUAGGGUUUCUGGUAAGGAUUUCAACAUUGCACAUUGUUCCAUUGUUAUUUAUUCAGCACCUUUGUAAAUAGGGAUGCUUUAAUGUUUUGCAUGAAUUCGACCGACACAGCUGCACUUUGUUUUGAAAGCUAUGUGGUGCAUCUUAGGGAUAUCACAUCAUGCAUAUCACAUUAUUGCCAAUUCUGUCGAUGUCAUGUCUGGUCAAGGUCAUAGUCUAAAACACCUUUUACCUCCUAACUCAAGAAAGAUUUGCUGUAGGUCUGUGAAACUUCUGUAGCUUUUUGUACUGAAACCAUGUUUUUUUACUAUAAUAAAUAAUGUGUUUGGCUGCAAUAGAGGGUCAAGGUCAUUACACCAGGAGUGGAUAUAACUUUCUUAUUAAGAUAGUUUAAGACUGCUUGCAUGUAUUUUAGAUGUGUGUCUUCAAGUCAGAAGCAUGUGUACCACUGCCAGAGUAGUAGCAACUGUUUGUGAUGACAUGUUUCUCUGUACAUAUGUCAGUUAAUGUGUGUCAUGUUGCAUAGUUCAUAGUGCUAUUCAAUGUCUGUCUACUUUUGUACUCGACAUCUAUUAUUUUCUCAUAAUCGUAAAACCAUAAUUGUGCAUGUUCAUAAUUGUAAUAUAUUUAUUCUUAGCUGAUCUUCCAUCUCAGUCUUGAUCUACUUUGCAGUAAAACCUAACUCAUGUUUUUGUGAAAAGAACAAUUUUCAUAUCAGAAUACACCUAGGCUGAUAAGCCAUGCCAACUUGAAUAACUUCCAAAUGUUGUGGUCCUAACAAGGGGAAUAACUCUUGCAUCUCUAGCUCUAUUACUAGGAAGCCAUACAAAGGGCAUUUCUGUUCCUUGAUUUCAACAUGACUAACGUCAUAUAAGUUUAAAAAGCAGAUGAUUCAUCUUUAGCAGAAGGGGCUCGGUAGUAGUGUAUGUUUGUGUUACGUUUCCUCCUGAACAUGUUAUUGUUGGAAGCCAUUUUGCCAUCCAUUGGUUGUCUAAUAAAUAAAAUCGUACAAUACUG